UCCAUCUGUACCAUUAGUUUUAUAAUUAACUCAUAUUAUUUUGAAUUUUGGAUGUGACAUGGACUAAAAAUAAGCCAGGUGAACCAAACGCAUCCGUGAUUGCUAAGCCAUCUGUUGGCUCGCAUACAGGAAUAAAAGAGUUUUGUUUGUUUUUUCUAGAAACCAUGUGAAGUACCACUUGGACUUGGUGCUUGAUUUUUCUGUAUUUUAGCUGCCUGGUGUUAUUUCAGGUUAUGCACAUUCUCUAAUCCAUCUGCUCCAAACUAGUAGCCCCUUAGUGCGCCAGUCAACUUGGGCACUGACUUGAAAGCUACAUGUGAAAUGUGUGAUCCAGGAGGUUCAGAUAAUCAUUUGUGUUUAUGUCAGUGACUCAGUGGCCGCAUGUUUCUGUCGGACUGAUUGAGCCGCUAGCGACUCGAGCAGCGCAAGCAUGGCGGCCGAAGCCACCGGCGAGGUGCGGCAAUGGACCGCGGACAUCAACGGCAUCUCCCUCCACGUUGCCGAGAGCGGCCCCUCCACCGGGCCGGCGGUCCUCCUCGUCCACGGCUUCCCGGAGAUGUGGCUCUCAUGGCGUCACCAGAUGGCCGCGCUCGCCGCCCGUGGCUUCCGCGCGCUGGCCCCCGACCUCCGCGGCUACGGCGACUCCUCCGUCCCCGCCGAUCCAGCCGCCUACUCCAUCUUCCACAUUGUCGGCGACUUGGUCGCGCUCCUCGACCACCUCCGCCUCCAAAAGGUGUUCGUGGUCGGGCACGAUUGGGGCGCGCAGGUGGCGUGGCACCUCUGCCUGUUCCGGCCGGACAGGGUGCGCGCCGCCGUCAUCCUGGGGAUUCCCUACUUUCCCCGCGGGCCUCGCCCGAUGACGGAGUCAUUUGCCAAGCUCGGCGAUAGCUUUUACAUCAAUCAGUUUCAGGAACCUGGAAGAGCAGAAAGGGCAUUUGGUCGCUACGAUGUUGCGACUGUCCUAAAAAAGUUCUACGCCCUUGAAAUCGAUGAACUUAUUGCACCUCCUGGAGUAGAGAUCAUAGACUUUCUUCAGGCACCUUCGUCGCCACUUCCCUGGAUGACGGACGAAGAACUGGGCCAGUAUGCCGAAAAGUUUCAGAAGAAUGGGUUCACAGGACCCUUGAACUACUACCGCAUGUUGGAAACAAACUGGAGGCUUACUGCACCUUGGAGUGGAGCGAAGAUCAUAGUGCCUGCAAAGUUCAUUCUUGGUGAGAAUGACGUCGGUCUCCAGUCCUUCGGGACUGAGAAGUACGUCAAGAGCGGGGGUUUAAAGUCCAAUGUUCCAAAUCUUGAGGUUUCGAUCAUCGAAGGUCACCAUUUCCUGCAGCAAGAGAAGGCCGAAAGAGUGAAUUCUGAGAUACUUGCCUUCCUAGACAAGUUUGCCAACGAGGAAGCAUCAGCAUGAUGUUGUUAUUUUCAGUCGUGCCUCUGAGAAGAUGGUCUCGUAUCUGUGAGUAACUGGAGCCUUUCCGAACUGAAAUUGGUGAAGCUGAUAUGUAUCUCUGUUCUUGAAUAAGUGGGUUAGCCAUCUGCUGGCUCGCAUUUAGGAGUAAAAAGAGCAUGUAAAACAGUUGAUAUAUGCCAAACUUUUCGUCCAUGAAUGAUGUCAUACGAGGUCCUGUAAUUUUUCCAGUCCAGCUGUUCUUUUGUGCAGGUGGAGAUUCAAUUGGGAAUGAACUUGUAUGAUCCAGGAGGGUGAUCGACA